UCCAAAAACUGAGCUUCCUUGAGGUCUUACAAUAAAUAUUACAUACAGUCUAUGGGAAAUUGUCUAGGCACAAGAAAGAAUAAUCAGGGACAGCGAUUGGGAUCCGCCGACGGUAAUGCACAGCGGCCAAAUGCACCAUUAGGUGGUGGUGGUGGAAACGCUUUGGGCUCGUCUGCCUCUUCUCCUUCUGCUGGUGGUGGUAGUGGCAGUGGUCCAGGCAGCGAUAGAGAAGCUAUGCUUGCAGCAGCGGAGCAACGUCGACUCAAGGCUGAAAAUCGUGGCGUGGUGAAACAAGACGGCAAGCUAAGCAAGCAGCUGGCGGACCAGAAACGCCAAAACCCGCUCCAAGCGGACAGCAACAAGGACAUGCCCGAAAGAAUUGUGUGGGAUUGAAACCCGUUUCAUCAUUGAAAUGUAUAAAAAAGGAAGAAAGAAAAUAAAGUACCACCAUGUGUGUAGUGUAUGCGUGUUUCUUCUUUAGCCCUUUUUUUGUG